ACCAACAGGAGAAUUUUACAGAGAAACAGUGGAACAGAUAUUGCUUCACUCUACGGGCAUCAUGACACAGCACACUGAGCGGAUACUCGGAACACAGGGAAUAACCUCCUAUCCCUGUGUCUUUUGGUAAUGGCUGUAGGAUUAAAGUAUGUAGUUCUCCUUCACUUCACCCUCCUAGAUGUACCAGGAAUUAUCUCUAGAUCCAAUAUUCUCUGCCCUCCAACAUCGUUCUAUCAUGAGUGCUGGAUCAGACGCUUCCCUGGGCUGUUCCUUAACCUACCUGGGUCACAGAAACGUGGAGCACGGAUCCUGCAGAAACAGUCUGACGUUUCUGCAUCUCUCUGCAGUCGGAAAUGCUGUGAUCAGGUCCCUUGUAACAUGGCUGCGUUUAUGGAUAAUAAUGACGGGCAAGAUAACUGUCACCUGGUGUACUGUCCACAGCCAGAGAGCUGCAUCCUUCAGCUGCAAGAGAGAGCAGUGCUGUUUACCGUCACAGCUGGUGUUGAUCCAGACCUGCUGGUGUUUAACAAAGUGGGACAAGUUGAUUUUAACCCAAGGUCAUCUUUGAAAUGGGAACGUCCUAAUGAUUCCCAUGCACAGGCCUCCUCUUCUGUGCAUACUCCUGCCCUGCUCACUUCUUUAGCCCCUUCUACAAAACAGCAGGUAUCAACAUCACAUAAUUCCCCUCACCAUCAUCCUCUAUCACCUCCUCGUCCUUCUCCACAGCACUCUCCGCUGCGAUCUCUUCCACCAACUCAUUCACCUCCCCUCACUGCUCCUGCUGUUUCUGAAAACCCUUUCAUCACCCCUUCUGGAACCCGGAGUUCGUCAGGUUCUGCCUUCACUGAGAAAUCCAACCUCUCUAUGCCACCACUGGGCCAACCUAGGCCAAACCUACAGAGCCCAGCCCAUCUUGACAGCAGCAAGCAACAUCUCAAUGAAACAAAGAACCACAACGGCAGGAACCAGAGCUCUGAUGCAGACCUGGAUGACACUAGAGACCCAUUAAUGAACCUAUGGUUGCUUCCAGGUUUGCUUGGAUCAUCAUUAGCCUUAAUGUGCUGCUGUGCAGGAAUCCUGGCUCUUGGAUGUUGUAGGAGACGAAAAAGAGGUAGAUACAGGCCAGGACAUGCAAGAGACACUGGGAGAGGGACUUUAAUAAAAUGUACCCUCCUUAAGGAAAAAUAAUGAACCAGGAAUACUUAAUGGAAUGAGUUCAUUCUUAACAUAUAGUCAAAUUACUU